UGUGUAUGUUAAAGUCUUAAUGUGUGACCAUUCAGAAAGGUGGAAAAUGUAAUCAUUAAGCUUAAAAUAUUCAAUGAUCUGCAUAGGAGAGCGGCAGGCGCAUAAUGGGGAAAUGGUUAAAAAUGGUAUUUAAUGAUUAAAUUGAAAACUUUAAGCAAAAGAACGUGGGACAGGAGAAGUGAUAAGAGCAAUAGUAGAAACCAGCAAUGAACCACAGAAACCAGAGAGCUUAAAAAAUGUGGAGGUGUGAUUGAGGCAUGGAAACAAGGUAUGACAGAUAGCAGAAGUGGUACUCUGUCUUCAGACUAAUCUGCCUGGAGUAUGGCUCUGCUCCUGCACCUUCUGGCCUGUGCCUUUGGCCUGGGUUCCUGGGUGGCAGUGAACGGUUUGUGGGUGGAACUUCCCCUCAUCGUCAAUGCUCUGCCUGAAGGUUGGGAGCUCCCCUCGUACCUCACAGUCAUCAUCCAGCUGGCCAACCUAGGACCUCUGCUGGUCACCCUCAUGCACAAACUGUGCCCAGGUCGUCUUAAUGAGCAUGCUGUCAUUUACUCCAUCCUCUCUAUCGGCAUCCUCUCUUGCAUCCUGCUCAUCUUCUUCUGGGACAAAACAACGAUUGUAGCAGGGGCGUCACACAGCACUGCCUUCUUUAUCCUCACCUUCUUCCUCUCUCUUGUGGACUGCACAUCUUCGGUUACCUUCCUCCCCUUUAUGAUGCAGCUUCCAGCUAAAUAUAUCACCACUUAUUUUAUUGGAGAGGGGUUGAGUGGUUUUAUUCCUGGUGUACUUGCUUUGGCGCAAGGUGUCGGCAUGGCCAAGUGCGUCAACAGCUCUCAGACUUUAGGAAACUACACAGACGAGGAAGUGUGGUCAUUGCAAACAGAGUAUCAUUCUCCAAACUUUUCCACACAGGUGUUUUUCUCUUUCCUGGUAGCCAUGAUGUGCAUAAGCUUGGCUGCUUUUGUUGGACUGAACAGGCUUCCUCGGACAUUCGAGCUGUCCACCGCAAACCUUGUGCCGGACACAGUGGGUUCAGUCAGCUCUGGGUUGGACAACCCAGGAGUGGAGGCUGAUGGAGAGGGUGAGAAAAGUCAGAGGACAGUGGAAGAAAACAGCAGACCUCUGCUGGUUGAAGCACAACAUUCCAUGUACCAGCUGGCCUGCAUCUACUUUCUAGUGAUUUGGGUCAAUGCUGCGACUAAUGGACUGCUGCCUUCGGUCCAAACGUAUUCCUGCAUGCCGUAUGGCAAUCUUGCCUAUCACCUUUCUGCAGCUCUGGCCUCGGUGGCCAACCCAGUGGCUUGCACUAUUGCAAUGUUCUUCCAAAACAGGUCUCUGAUAUUUCUUGGCAUGCUGACCGUGUUGGGGACAGGCUUUGGCAGCUAUAACAUGGCUAUGGCAGCUAUGAGUCCUUGUCCUUUGCUUCGUGGGUCUGCAGUGGGAGAGGCGAUCAUCGUACUCUCCUGGCUCUUAUUUACCGGGACGCUGUCUUAUGUCAAGGUGAUGGUGGGCGUUAUCCUGAGAGACCGAAGCCACAGCGCCCUCAUCUGGUGUGGAGCUGCAGCUCAGACGGGCUCACUGGUCGGCUCUGUCACCAUGUUCCCGCUGGUUAGCGUUUACCAGCUCUUCAAGUCAGGGGACUUCUGCAACACUCUGUGUCCUUCAGGAAAGUCGGGCUGACAGUCUCAAGACUCUAAGCUAAAGAGACAGAUUUGUGCUUUAAAAUGUUUGUUCAUUUAAUUAAUUUCCAGCAGCAAAUCAAAUGGACCCAUGUUUAUCGCCUAAAUGAAAAAACAAAAACAAAACAUUUGUUCCUGAGUGACUGCAAUAAUUAUAGAGAUUGUUUUGGCUUUACCAUGUUAGUAAUUAGCCCUCUGCCACGUUUGUAUAAAUGUUCCUGGAGUGAAAAUCUGUAACCUUUAAACAGAGACAAACUGCAGCUCUGAAAGGGGGCUGUACAUUUUUCUGGCCAGCAGAUGUCACAAGAACACCUUUAAAACACAUGGGUAGACAUCGACAUCAUACUGUGCAGACAAAGUGGAAUGCAUUGAUUCCUUUUGACUUCCACCUGUAAUCUCAACAUUUUAACGUGCAGCUUAAUAAGUUCAGUCAUUCUGCUUCACAUGUUGGCCAAAUCAAAUUUCCAGUUAAAAUUGUGUUCUUUUGAAUUUUGUGCUUAAUUUUGCUUUUAAUUUCACUCACUACCUUCAAAACAACAGUGUGUUGAAGCCAGAUUAUAACAAAGUUUCUUUCAUUCAAUUUAGGACUGUUUAAGACAUUUUGUAAGAUCAUCAUAAUUCAAAUUUAGAAGCCACAAUAAAAAUCAAAAAUAUGCAGAAUUUAAUUAAAACACAAGUUAAAAGUACCUUUAAUUUAAAAAUGUAAUUUUUUAGCUUCGGCAUGGGACUCGAAUGUUCUUACACCAAACACACACUUCGCCACCUUCCUACAGUCUAUAAUUAAAUGUCAGAUAAGAACAAUUAUGGAAAAUCCAGCCACAUGUAAGACUUUUCAGGGGAUCCAAUUAAGUUUUUAAAAUGUAAGACUUUUUAAUGUUGUUUUUUUUUUUUGGACCCUGAUUAUUUGAAUAAACAUUUUAUUUUAGGUUCUUGAUCAUAAACAUUGCAUUUGGAAAUGGUUUAACAACUGAAGGACAAAAGUUUAUUUUUACUCAAUGUUAUGCUAUGAUGAAGGCCUUGUCACAAAUCUUGGCCAGUCUUUCUUUAAAAAGGUCAGAUUUCAGUGUUUAUGAUGCUACAGUUAAGCUAACUGUGUUAAAAUCUGAGAUAAGAUGAAUACGUUUAAAAUAUCUCAAAUCAUUUUGUCUUUGUUAUAAAAUAAUAGUAAAACCCUGUUUUACAGCAACACCUGUCUUUCACAGACCUCUGCUUCUAAUAUUAAUGAUUAUUGAUCACUCAGGUGGAAAGAAAUCAGAAUAGGCUAAAACUGGUAUCAGCAGGAUAAAGCUUUAUGUUGGAUUGGAAGUUGGCCAUUGCCCUAUUUGGUGCAUCUUUAGUUAUAGUAGGUCUUGGUCACCUUUAUCACCCAAAGCAAAACUACAGACAAGCAUGUGUAAAAAAGAAACAUUAGCUCCACCAUAUGACUAAAACAUGUUGCUAACACACUGUUGCACCAAAAUUAAAGUCUGUGUGAUAAAUCAGCUAUUAAAUGAUUAAUAAAAAGGUUUUACAUAUUGCA